AUGGCACCUCACAGACUUCAUGAGCACAAACAAGACGCAGGUCGCGCCUCACCUGGUCUAGUCAUUCAUAGCUUCAGACAGUCUUCAGGCGGUCACUUGGACGCAUUUGCAGCAUUUGACAUGUGGAGUUGGCGAUGGAGCGAUCCAAAGCACGAGGGCACGUGGUGCAAAGAUGCUCUCGAGAGGGGCUCUCGAGGCGAGGCGAUUGCAAAGCUAGGACAACAGCAGCAGUAG